AUGACACGAGGCCAUAUGAAAAUGCAAGCAAAGGCGAAGAACCUUAAAAAGCAGGAAGCAUUAAAAAAGUCAGUUGGGCAUGAUCAGAAGGGUGCUUGUCUUAAAUCGUUGAUUUACAAAUGUACAAUUUGUAUGACACAAAUGAUGGAUAAAAGGAGUUAUCGAGAGCAUUUCACUUCAAAACAUCCGAAAAGUCCUUUGCCAGCUGAACUUCUCGAAGAAGCGCCAUCAGUUAGCUCCUAG